AUGCUUCGUUCAAACGCAUCUCAGCAGUCGAAACAAUCCCAAGGACAAGCGGAACAACGUCAAAUGAAUGCUGACCUGUUCACGUUGACUUAUGGCGCGUUGAUUAUGGACCUCAUCAACGAUUUGGACGAAACGACUGAAGUCAACAGCAAAUUGGACAAGAUUGGGUAUCAAAUGGGUCUUCGGAUGGCUGACGACUUUUUGGCCAAGAAUCCGAGGAUAGGACGUUGUGCAUCGGUUCAACAGCUGAGUGAAGUGUUGGCCAAACAAGCCUUCAAGUUGUAUUUGGGAGUGGAAGCUACUGUUCAGUUCAUGUCUUCAGAAGAGUUUCAGCUGAGGCUGGAAUCUAAUCCGCUGGUCGAAUUCGUUGAGAUUCCGCCUGAAUACAAAGAUCUUUGUUACUCUCAGGUAUUUUAAAUUUUUAUUAUUUGUUAUUUUGGGAAAAAAUUGAUCUAAUAGAAGUAUUAUAUUUGUGGUCUUCCAACAAUAUUUUAUAACUUUUCAAAAAGAAAUUAAAUAUAAUUGAUGUAGGUGAUUUGUGGAGCCAUCAGAGGUGCAAUGGAAGCGAUUCACCUUGAAGUUUCAACCCAACUACUGUCUGAUGUUCCUAACCCAACAAUAGUGCGAGUAAAGUUUGCUCGCGUACUACAUGAAGCUAUGCCGGCAGGAGAUGAUGAUUAA